AUGGAGCGCCCAACUUUGUUUCAUGAAUCAUUGUCCUUCAUCAGGUCUCCUCCCGCCAUCUUUUCAGAAUCUGGCGCCGCUCCCUGUGCUGAUGACAGCUCAAGGGCACCUUCUGGGAAACACAAGGUCUCUCGGGGAAACUUGGUGGAGAGUUUUAAACCAGAAGCGGGUAGAAGAGCGCGAGCUCCCAGCCUUACACCUGCCUUUAGGGAAGCCCCGGGCGCGGGGCUGCGGCGGCUCCGGGCCGGGCUAGCAGCCCCCUCCCCGCGGCCUGGCCGGCCGGCCUGUGAGCGCACGGUCCCUUUAAGAGCCGCGGAGGAGAGGAGAAGAGGGAGGGGGUGGGGAGCGGGCCCCCGAGCGCAGGAGCUGGCUCAGAGCUGCGCCGAUCCGGCCCCAAGGACGCGCGCCGCUAGCUCGGGCUCGGGCUCCCCCUGCCCUCUCCGCCCCGCCCCGCAGGACGCCGUGGGGGGGCCCCUGCCGCCCAUCCCCCUCCCGCAGACCCCCGCCGCGGGGGGCGAGGUGCCCCGGGCACGGGGAGGGGGCGUGCGCGCCACCUCCGCGGGGCCCGGGGAGCGCACGCCUCCGCCUCGCCGGCCGGAGCAUGGACAGCAGCCGCAGGCGCGCUGCGCGGAGCCCUGGGGAGCGCAGCGGCCCGGGGCAUCCCCGAGGCUGAGCCCGAAACAAAGGCAGCAUCCAGCGGGGAAGGAGCCGGGAGCGCCGCCCGCACCUGGCUGGCCGUCGGGCUCGCCCCCCCUCUCCGUGCCCUCCGCCGGGCUUUCCGCGCCGAGCCUUGAGAACUUGCCCAGGGGCGCCUAA